AUGAUUAUUACAUGUGAUGAUCAUGAUGGUAUUGAAUCAUUGAAGUCUGAGUUAGCACACUCAUUCGCUAUGAAAUAUUUGGGCAUGCUACGUUAUUUUUUGGGAAUUGAGGUAGCUUAUUCUCUAAAAGUUUAUCUCUUAUCUCAAUCUAAGUACAUUGCUGAUUUGUUUGAGCGUUCUCGACUAACCGACAACCGAAUUAUUGAUACACCCCUUGAGACCAAUGCUAAAUACUCUUCGUCCGAUGGCACUCCUUUAGAGGAUUAUGAUCUUUAUCGUAUCAUUGUUGGAAACUUGGUUUAUCUUAAUGUAACUCUCCCAGACAUUGUGCAUACAGUUCAUGUGGUUAGUCAGUUUGUCAUUUCCCCUACUAUAGUUCAUUGGGCUACUGUUGUUCGUAUUCUCAGGUAUCUUCGGGGCACUCAAUUUCAUAGUCUCAUGUUUCCUUCAACGUCUUCAUUAAAGUUGUGUGCCUACUCUGAUGCAGAUUGGGCUGGUGAUCCUACAGACCGCAAGUCGACCACUAGAUAUUGUAUUUUCCUUGGUGAUUCACUUAUUUCAUGGAAGAGCAAGAAAUAA